UCCAGUGUGCGUCUGCGCGUACUCUCCGGCGCGAACUCAGAGCUGGAAAUGCUGAUACCGGCAGCUGGUUUAUUUUUGGGUCAGUGACAGUGUGUCAAUGGCCGCAGAUGCGUCGGAAAGGAAGGCUCUGAGAUACCAACAGACCCUGCUGUAUGGGGAAUACCGUGAGCACCCGGGUGGGUCUGUCCGGAGAGAGACCACCCGACUUCUGACAGAGAGACAAUGGAAGAAACACCAUCACCAUCACCAUGGCCACCAUCACCACGGCCACCACCACAGUCACACACAUGGACACGUGCACCACAGCAGGCACAGGCGUCGGCAUCACUCAGACGAGGUGGGACGUGCACAAAUGGCUACAGAGCAAGGCAACCCUUUGUCUACUAAGAGACGUCGCUCCUACUCAAGGUGCCGAGACUGUGUGGCACGUGUGCAGAGGUUCCUGGUCACCAAGCUGGGAGAGGACUGGAUCUUUCUGGUGCUGCUGGGCAUCUCAAUGGCGCUGGUCAGCUGGACCAUGGACUACACCAGUGCCAAGAGUCUACAAUUGUAUAAGUGGAUUCACUGGGAGCUGAGGGGUAAUGUCCUGCUCCAGUACCUGGCUUGGGUCAGCUAUCCCAUGGCGCUCAUCAUGUUCGCCUCCUUCUUCUGCCACCUGGUCGCCCCGCAAGCCAUCGGCUCUGGUAUUCCUGAGCUGAAGACCAUUCUCAGAGGCGUAGUGUUGAAGGAGUAUCUGACUGUCAGGGCUUUUACUGCCAAGGUCAUUGGUCUGACUGCAGGUCUGGGCAGUGGGAUGCCAGUGGGGAAAGAGGGCCCAUUUGUUCAUAUCGCCAGCAUCUGUGCUGCUGUGCUGAGCAAGUGUAUGACGUUCUUCUCAGGAGUCCAUCAGAGCCCAUACUGCUACACAGACAUCCUUACAGUUGGCUGUGCGGUUGGGGUGGCUUGCUGUUUCGGUACCCCUCUUGGAGGGGUGCUGUUCAGUAUAGAGGUGACGUCCACUUACUUUGCUGUGAGGAACUACUGGAGAGGUUAUUUCGCCGCCACCUUCAGUGCCUUCAUAUUCAGAGUGCUCUCUGUGUUCAACAAAGAUGCAGUCACCAUCACUGCUCUCUUCCGCACCAAGUUCCGCAUGGACUUCCCCUUUGACCUCCAGGAGCUGCCUGCAUUUGCCGUCAUCGGGAUCUCCUGCGGGUUCCUGGGGGCCUUCUUCGUCUGGCUGAACCGCCAGGUGGUGCUGUUCAUGAGGAAACCCAACGCCAUGACACGCUUCCUCACCAGACACCGACUGAUUUUCCCCGGUGUUGUGACCUUAGUGAUAGCCAGCUUGACCUUUCCCCCUGGAUUUGGACAGUUCAUGGCUGGAGAGCUGAUGCCCAGAGAAUGCAUCAACUCCCUGUUCGACAACUUCACCUGGACCAAAAUCUGGGGCUCCCCCCCUCCCCCCGGCCUGGGGCGCUCCUCUGUCUGGCUGCACCCCGACGUCAGCGUCUUCGUCAUCCUCCUCCUCUUCUUCGUCAUGAAGUUUUGGAUGUCUGCUGUUUCGACAACGAUGCCCAUCCCUUCUGGAGCCUUCAUGCCUGUCUUCUUACUCGGAGCCUCUUUCGGCCGACUCGUGGGGGAGAUCAUGGCUGCCCUCUUCCCCGAUGGGAUUCUGUUUGAUGGAAUCUUGUACCGCAUCAUCCCAGGAGGUUACGCAGUCAUUGGAGCGGCAGCACUGACCGGGGCGGUGACCCACACGGUGUCCACGGCGGUGAUCUGCUUCGAGCUGACGGGCCAGAUCUCCCACAUCCUGCCCAUGAUGGUGGCAGUGAUCCUGGCCAACAUGGUGGCCCAGGGCCUGCAGCCCUCGCUCUACGACUCCAUCAUCCAGAUCAAGAAACUGCCAUACCUCCCUGAGCUCGGCUUUGGACACAUCAGCCAGUAUAACAUCUUUGUGGAGGACAUCAUGGUUAGGAAAGUGAAGUUUCUCUCAUUACAGUCCACCUACAGGGAGUUGAUACACCUCCUGGAUAACACUUCUCUCAAAACGAUACCACUGGUGGAUUCAACAGACUCUAUGAUCCUUUUGGGCUCCGUCGAGCGGUCAGAGCUCCACGCUCUCUGUGAUUGGUGGCUCUCUGCAGAGAGGCGGAUCCUCAGGCAGGAACAGCGUUUACAGGAGCAGAACCAGUAUGCCAAAGACAGCUGGGAAUCCUUUGCCUUUGUGGAUGAAGAUGAUGAGGAGAGUGGAGAUAAGAGUACCCCAGUUCAGGAAGAGAGCAAUGGCCCCCUGCCAUCUCCUAAACCACAGGAGCCCUUGUCCAAUCACACAGCCCCUGAAAAUGGCCCUCUUCAGUCUGUUAGGAGAACUCUACGGAAUAUCUUCACCUCUCGAGACAGACAGGCAGAGGGACAGUCACAGGAGCCUUGCGCCAACCCUCUCCUGUCCGAUACGAUGACACCAGAAGAGCUGGUGCAGAUCAAAGAAUGGGAGGAGGCUGAGAUGGACAAGCCAAUGGAAAUUGAUCAGAUCCGAAUAGAUCCCUCCCCUUUCCAGCUAGUGGAGAGGACAUCAUUACACAAGACCCACACUCUCUUCUCAUUACUGGGCCUGAGUCAUGCCUAUGUCACCAGUAUCGGAAAACUGGUGGGUGUUGUGGCUCUUAAAGAGCUGCAAAAGGCCAUCGAGGGCUCCACCCGUAGCGGGGUCCGGCUACGUCCCCCUCUGGCCAGCUUCCGCAACACCAGCCGAAAGUCAUCCAAACCCCAGGCAACCUCAGCCCCCUCCUCCCUGACCACCCCCUCCUUCCCUCUCUCCCAGGCUCCCAUCUUCCCCCAUGCCACUGCCCCGCCACCUCCCCCGACACAGGAGGAGAUGGAUGUGUGGAUCGAGGGCACGAGGCGGGAGGUGGCGGAGGUGAACAGCAGUAGUAGUAGCAGCAGCGGAACGGGGAGCAGCAGUAGCAACAGUAGCCCCUCACUACCCCACUCCUUGCCCCUCUCCAUCCCCCUCACCUCGCCCCUCUCCAUGCCCCUCACCGUUGCCCUCUCCAUCCCCCUUGCCGCCUUCUCCUCUCCCCUCACCGCCCUCCGACCUGUCGCAAAGCAGCAAGUGGAGGAGGAGAGUGAUGAUGAGCAGCCCAUCUAGCCUUAUAGACGAGUGAUGUUUUUUUAUAACGUUUUUUUUUAUGGUGUGAAUUUCUCUUUUAGUCUUUCUCUAUCCCUCCAUUUUCUCUCUCUCCCUAUUGCCCUUUCCCUCUUUCGCCCUCUCGCUGUUCCUUCUCGCACCCUCUUUCUUCACUCGAUGAAUGAUGUCUGUGAAUCCACGAGGAGAAAUAAUCUGGGCUCGAUAGUAGUACUUGACUUUUUAAGAUUAGAAUUGGUGUCAUUGGUUUUAAACAGGAGACAAUGGCUACUCGAAGAGCUAAAAAAUCAACAAGGCCCCAAAACGACCUUUACUAAACCCAUCUUCACCUUGGGAGGGAGUUUUAUGAUCACCAUGCUGGGCUGAUAGAUGACAGUGUUAAAUCAGACUGACGACAGCGAACUCAGAUGUAAUGAUGCUAGAGGUUUUCUACUUAAUGAUGCCAUGACUCCAGCUGAACAACCGCCAUCCCCCUCUGUAAUUUAGAUUAAUCGCUCACUUGAUGAUAACGCAAAACAAACAUACUGAUGACAUUAUUAUGAAACUUGGUGACUUUUACGUUGGUGACUUUUCCUACCUCCCAAAAAAAGCCAGGUUGUGUUCAUUAGGCACCAGAUGGAGGAAAACGGACUGAAACAGGGGGGGCUACCUCGACCUUGGCCAAUAAGAAAGGCUCAUUUUCGUUUUACGUUGCGAAAUGUGUAAAACGUUACCCUUUGCAUGCCAUAAUAAACAAAACCCUAAUGUUCUUCUGACACAAAUCAAAUCAAAUUGUAUCUUCUGACACAAAUCAAAUCAAAUUGUUCACAUACACAUAUUUAGCAGAUGGUAUUGCGGGUGUAGCGCAAUGCUUGUGUUCCUAGCUCCAACAGUGCAGUAGUAUGUAACAAUUCACAACAAUACACACAAUUACUUUUUACAAAAGUAAAAGAAUGGAAUUAAGAAACAUAUAAAUAGUAGAUUGAGCAAUGUCAGAGCGGCACUGACUAAAAUACAGUGGCAUAGAAUACAGUAUAUACAUAUGAGAAAAGUAAAGCAGGAUGUAAACAUCAUUAAAGUGACUUAGUGUUCCGUUAUUAGAGUGGCCAGGGAUUCCAAGUCUAUGUACUGAGCACAGAAGAAAAAAUCCACGGUAUGACGCAAUGUUUUAUCUGAAAAGUAGUUGAAUUAUGAACUUCUGUCACUCUCCCACAACCACCUCUUUCUUUCUCCCUCUCUUUCUCUUCUUCAAACAGUUUCUCAGGUUGCUCCCUGUGUCUUUAAACCUGCAGAUGUUGGACAGAGGAAUCUUCCUGUCUGUUAAAUGAAAAGGAUUUUGAUUGUAUGUUGUCAAUCGUUUUUUUAAUGUAUGAAUGUACAUUAUGUACAGUUGAAGUCGGAAGUUUACAUACACUUAGGUUGGAGUCAUUAAAACUCAUUUGUCAACCACUCCACACAUUUCUUGUUAACAAACUAUAGUUUUGGCAAGUCGGUUAGGACAUCUACUUUGUGCAAGUAAUUUUUCCAACAAUUGUUUACAGACAGAUUAUUUCACUUAUAAUUCACUGUAUCACAAUUCCAGUGGGUCAGAAGUUUACAUACACGAAGUUGACUGUGCCUUUAAACAGUUUGGAAAAUUCCAGAAAAUUAUGUCAUGGCUUUAGAUGCUUCUGAUAGGCUAAUUGACAUAAUUUGAGUCAAUUGGAGGUGUACCUGUGGAUGUAUUUCAAGGUCUACCUUCAAACUCAGUGCCUCUUUGCUUGACAUCAUGGGAAAAUCAAAAUAAAUCAGACAAGACCUCAGAAAAAGAAUUGUGACCUUCACAAGUCUGGUUCAUCCUUGGGAUCAAUUUCCAAACGCCUGAAGGUACCCCGUUUAUCUGUACAAACAAUAGUACGCAAGUAUAAACACCAUGGGACCACGCAGCCGUCAUACCGCUCAGGAAGGAGACGCGUUCUGUCUCCUAGAGAUGAGGAGGAAUGGGCCAAAAUUCACCCAACUUAUUGUGGGAAGCUUGUGGAAGGCAACCUGUUUGACCCAAGUUAAACAAUUUAAAGGCAAUGCUACCAAAUACUAAUUGAGUGUAUGGUAACUUCUGACCCACUGGGAAUGUGAUGAAAGAAAUAAAAGCUGAAAUAAAUCAUUCUCUCUACUAUUAUUCUGAUAUUUCACAUUCUUAAAAUAAAGUGGUGAUCCUAACUGACCUAAGACAGGGAAUUUUUACUCGGGUUAAAUGUCAGCAAUUGUGGAAAAAUUAAGUUUAAAGGUAUUUGCCUAAGGUGUAUGUAAACGUCCGACUUCAACUGUAUUUACAGUACACUAGAAUGUGUGAGCACACAUGUUUACGUUUCUUUGUCUGUCAUUAGUGUCGUGUAUUUAUUGAUUUAUCUUUUCGUAGAGCCGAUUUGUCUCUGAAUGUUUUGACAAUGUAUAAUGUAGUUAAUAAAUGUUAAUAACUUAUCUGCCAAAUUCUUUAUUAUUGUGAUUGUUCAAGGCAUAUGGAUUUGGAACAGCAUAAUAAAUAAUACAAAAUGA